CUUCAACCUAUAUAACCUCUUCUUUCCCUCCCCGUUGCUCAAAUUUUUUCCACCUCCAUUAACCAUUUUUGUUCUUUUGAAAUAAUGAAUGCCGACGGCAGCAGCGCAGAUCAAAGGAAAUACAAGGGAGUGCGUCGCCGGAGGUGGGGGAAAUGGGUGUCGGAAAUCAGAGUUCCAGGCACCGAAGGACGUCUUUGGUUAGGCUCGUAUUCAACCCCGGAAGCCGCCGCCGUCGCCCAUGACAUUGCUUUCUAUUGUCUACGCCGCCCAUCUUCCUUGACGGCUCUCAACUUCCCUUCCAUGUUACCUCCACAUGUUAACUCAAACAUGUCGCCCAAGUCCGUACAGAAAGCGGCGUCGGAUGCUGGCAUGGCAGUGGACGCCCAGAUGAUUAUGGUGGACAGCCCCAUGAACGAUGAAAUCAAGGCAAAUACAAACGAUGGCAGUAGUUGUGGUGGUGGCUCCUGGGAAAGAAGCGAAGGAAGAGAAACGGAGACUUUGAGCAUAUCCAUUGAAGAUUAUCUUUAGACGACGUCAGUUUACGGAUUUAGCUUAGCAUAGGACCGCUCAUGCUAUGUGUUUUUUUGUUGUCGAUGGAUCGUAUCCGAUUAAUAUAGUUUAGGCAAUAGUAUAUAUAUAUAUAUAUAUGUACAGUGGGUGAAUGGAAUAGUUUAUAAAAAUUUAAAUUAGUAUUAAUAAAAUUA